CUCGACCGACCGCAUUCUCCGUCUACCAUCCAACUGCGACUGCUUGAGGAUGACUGGUGCUCCAAAUCAUGGAGUACCUACCUAGUCUUCAACAGGAGUUCGAUGAGCACAAGCCAUCGCUCUUCGAACUCCUCGCUGAACAACAGCUCUCUGACCUUCUUCCGCCCUCCAUCCGCUACCUCCUCGCAGUCGCAACACAUCGCCACCCGCGGUAUCUCCUCCGUAUUCUGAACUCCUACGAUGAGGUUUACGCCCUUCUCUCCCUAGUCGUCGAGCGCUACUACCUCCGCACAUUCGGUGGAUCAUUCACCGAGAACUUCUAUUCACUCAAGCGUGAGCGUGUUCUCCGCACGAAGAAUGGCGAGAUCCCACGCGCCCAGGUUGGCGCGGGCGACCCCGUGCGCGACGCCCUCAAGCUGCGCUCAGCAGAUGUGUGGAAGAAUCUGCUCAUCAUGGUUGGUAUCCCGUACUUGAAACGAAAGCUCGAUGAGGGAUACGAUAUCCAUGCUGCGCCGCAGGCAUCCCUGGUGAUGGGCGGCGGGCCGCGAUACAACCCCAGCGAUGACCUCCCACACAACCCAACCAUUCGCCAGCGCAUCUUCCACUAUUAUAAGUGGUUCUUGCGCAGUGUAUACCCGUCCGUCAAUGCGGCGUAUUAUUUCUCCAUCUUGGCAUUCAAUCUUGCCUACCUUUUUGACAAUACUAAAUACUCCUCUCCCUUCCUUUGGUUGAUUGGUACGCGCAUUCGCCGUCUGGGAGCCGCCGAUCACCGUGCUAUUGCCGCUGUGCUGGACCCCAAGCCUGCACCUGGCGGAAACCGCUCCCAGCGACCUGGCUCGGGAUUGAUGGGUCUCUUGAGCCCGCAAAACAUGUACCCUCAACUACUCACAUCUCUGCGCUACUUCCUUCCAGCAUCGAUUUUUGCGUUGAAGUUUUUGGAAUGGUGGCAUGCUAGUGACUUUUCGCGCCAAUUGGCUCGCAAAGCGACGGAAGUUUUGGACUUGCCAGCUCCUGUGGUUUCCGGUUUGACCAGCCCAGCGGAGCGACGCAAGUCUGGACAGGAGGAGAAGGAAAAGAAGCAGGCAGAGCAAGAGAAGAAGGCCUCCGGUGACCUGAAGUCUGCAUUGAAAUCGCCUCGCCGCCAUCAACCACCUAUUUCCGCAACCUCAUAUCUCCCUAUUUUCACAGUGCCACUACCGCCAGCUGAAACCUCAAGUGCAAACACCUGCCCUGUCUGUUUGAAUACGCUCGUCAACCCAACAGCCUGCCAGACGGGGUACGUGUUCUGCUACGUGUGUAUUUUCCACUGGCUCAAUGGCGAGCACCAGCGACAGCUGGAUUUCAUGAAUGGUGAAGGUGCAGGUGCUCCUUGGGAAGAGGAGAUCACUGGAGAUGAUGAGAUAACGAAGAAAUCAUCCGACGGCCAAGAUUCUGAUGACAAGAGCUCUCGAAAGCGUGGUGGCAAGUGGGAGAGCGGCAAGGGAAGAUGCCCUGUCACAGGGAGGAGAGUUCUCGGUGGAACUGAUGGCCUCCGGAGAGUGUUGAUUUGAGUGAUGUUGUAUAUACCUAACCUACCUAUACUUUCUAACUACACAAAUUUCCU